GGGGCUGCCGCAUCACCGCGCCGCGGGGGCAGCCCCCGGCCGGCCCGUGACGAGCGCAGCGGGGGGAGGUCCCGGCCCGGGAGGGCUCGGCGGCCCCGCGGGGCCUUUCGGCGGCGAUGGCCGGGGCUGAGGCGGUCUGGAGUCGUUUGCGCGGAGAUAACGCCUUAAUUCACGAGGCACUUAAUUUCUAAUCUUAAAUAGGUCUUGUAUUUUUUUAAAAUACAUUUUCAGGCUUAACAUACUACACUGCCACUUCCCACACGUCUUUCCUCAUUUCCUUUUGCUGGAGGAGCUCAGGGCCGGCGUGGAUGGGCCCUGAGCAGCCUGGUCUAGUGAAGGGUGUCUGUGUAUGGCAGGGGGCUGGAAUGAGGGGAGCUUUAAGGGCUCUUCCAGCCCAAACCAUUCUGUGGCUCUGUCACUUUUCGCAGAGACUGUUACAGCUACUGUCUUGCUGCUAAAUAAAUUGCUGGGUGUUGCUUGAUUAAAAUAAAAAGUGGCUUAUAUUUUUUUUGUGAAUAGCAAAAAGGUCAGCUUUUGUUUUUUGAAGCUGAUGGUGGUAGUAGAGCUCGGCACAGAGUUUGUUUGCUCACAUGCUGUUGUAGAAGUUGUUCUUACAUCCUUGGAAGUGUUCAUGGCUAGGCUAGACAGGGCUUCGAGCAGCCUCGUGAAGAUAUCCCUGCCCAUCACAGGGAUUUGGAGCAAAAUGAUCUUUAAGGUUCCUUCCAACCCAAGCCCUUCUAGGAUUCUAUGAUUCUGUUCUAAGAAAUGUAGGGGUUUUAAGGUGUUGGCAAUAUCUUAACAAAGCCUGAUACAGUGGGUGAACUAUGAGAUGCUUCAGCAGGAAACCCAGAAAGAUUUUUAAAAAGUAGUUCUAGAAGCUCUCUUGCCUCAUUUGUCCUCUUGUGCUGGAGCAGUAAGGGCUCUGCCUUCACCAUUGCAAACAGAAGCAUUGAAUCCUGUGUGCUGCAUCCAGCCUACCCUCUGUAAGCUCACAAAGCUUUUCACUUCUGCACCUCAAAAGUUUGUAUUAUUUUUCCUCCCUGAAGCAUUAAAGCAGCCUUGUCUGCUGCUGAGGAUUUGCCCUCAGGAAGCCAGUAAUGAGAUAUGAGGGUACAUCUUCCAACACCACAGAUUCAUGUUGCAUCUGGCUCAGGAGACAGGAGGCCUCAUGACUUUCCUGCUUACUCAUAAUGUCUGGUGUGUGGGAGCAGAAGGGACAGGUGUUGCCAUCCCAUGCUGCAGCACUUGGCUUCAGUGUCACUCCUGCUCUGGCACCAGCCUUGGCAGAGGGUGAGCACAGGGGUUCAGUCACUUUGCUUUACUCUGGUGUGAUCUUCCUGGAGCUGUUCUGACCUGCUGCUGUCCCAUGUGAAACCAGAGAGCUGCUCUGGCUGGGGCUGCCAGGCUGCUGCUUCAGGAUAAACUUAUUUAUAUAUUUGUGUCUGAGCAUCUGAGCUUUUUUUUAGGAGUCUGCAGGAACAUUUUUGCAGGUGGGAGACCUGAGCUUGAGAAAUUGGAGCACCUUGGCUGAAAUCAUCCAGUGCCAGUCUUGAGCUCUGCAUGUAGGCCACACUAUCUCCAAAAUCCCUGCCCCAAAAACAACCUGAAUGGCAACAAGAAGCAAAAGAGCAGGCAGCUGCGACUGCGAUGUCAGUGGAUUGCCUGGGACAGCGCGCUGUUCUCUCGGGCCGCCGUUUCCUCUACAUUGUCAACCUGGAUGCACCAAACGAGGGGCACCGGAAGAUCUCGCGGCAGAGCAAGUGGGACAUCGGCGCGGUGCAGUGGAACCCCCACGACAGCUACGCCUACUACUUUGCAGCUUCCAGCAAUCAGCGUGUUGACCUGUACAAGUGGAAGGAAGGAAAUGGGGAAGUUUGCACAUCUCUGCAAGGACACACACGUGUGAUCAGUGACCUGGACUGGGCAGUGUUUGAGCCAGACCUACUGGUCACCAGUUCUGUGGACACAUACAUCUACAUCUGGGACAUCAAAGACACCAGGAAGCCCACGGUCUCACUCUCUGCAGUUGCUGGAGCUUCCCAGGUGAAAUGGAACAAGAAAAAUGCCAACUGUUUAGCAACAAGCCACGAUGGGGAUGUCCGAAUAUGGGACAAAAGGAAACCCAGCACUGCAGUGGAGUAUUUGGCAGCUCAUCUCUCCAAAAUCCACGGUCUGGACUGGCAUCCUGACAAUGAGUAUACACUGGCCACUUCCAGCCAGGACAACUCUGUCAGAUUCUGGGAUUACCGUCAGCCUCGGAAAUACCUCAAUAUCCUUCCCUGCCAGGUUCCUGUCUGGAAGGCAAGAUACACGCCUUUCAGCAAUGGACUGGUGACAGUGAUGGUCCCCCAGCUCCGUCGGGAAAACAGUCUCCUCCUCUGGAAUGUCUUUGACCUGAACACGCCUGUCCACACUUUCGUAGGACAUGAUGAUGUGGUGCUGGAGUUCCAGUGGAGGAAGCAGAAAGAAGGCUCUAAGGAUUACCAGCUGGUUACGUGGUCCCGGGAUCAGACCCUGCGCAUGUGGCGCAUUGACUCUCAGCUGCAGAGGCUCUGUGCUAAUGAUAUCCUGGAUGGAGUUGAGGACCUCAUUGAUGGGAUUUCUCAUCUGCCAGAGCCAGACAAGACCCUUCACCCCCAGGACACGGAGCCCCAGCAUAACUCUGGACAUGGGGAUGAGGAAGCCUUAAAAGAAGAUUUCCUGAAUGAUCCCCUCGUGGGAAAGAAAACAGACCAACUGGGGCUGCCUCAAACACUGCAGCAGGAGUUUUCACUGAUCAAUGUGCAGAUCCGAAAUGUCAAUGUGGAGAUGGAUGCCGUGAGUCGCAGCUGUACGGUGUCGGUGCACUGCGGCAACCACAGAGUCAGGAUGCUGGUGAUGUUCCCUGUCCAGUAUCCCAAUAAUGCUGCACCCUCCUUCCAGUUCAUCAACCCAACCUCCAUCACAGCUUCCAUGAAGGCAAAGUUGCUGAAGAUACUGAAAGACACUUCCCUGCAGAAAGUGAAGCGGAACCAGAGCUGCCUGGAGCCUUGCCUGCGUCAGCUGGUCUCCUGGCUGGAGUCUGUCGUGAACCAAGAGGACAGCACAUCCAGCAAUCCCUACGCUCUGUCCAACUCCGUGACACCCCCCUUGCCCACGUUUGCCCGCGUCUCCAAUGCCUACGGCUCCUACCAGGACUCAAACAUCCCCUUUCCACGGACCUCUGGAGCCAGGUUCUGUGGUGCAGGGUACCUGGUGUAUUUCACGAGACCCAUGACCAUGCACCGCGCCGUGUCCCCAAUGGAGCCCACACCCAGGUCUCUGUCAGCUUUAUCAGCAUAUCACAGUGGCCUCAUUACUCCCAUGAAGAUCCGCACGGAGACUCCGGGCAACCUGCGCUUGUACAGCGGGAGCCCAACGCGCAGUGAGAAGGAGCAGGUCUCCAUUAGCUCCUUCUACUACAAAGAAAGGAUGUCUCCUCGCUCUGCCCGGCGGCGUUGGUCCAUACAAGCAAUUAACGACUUCCCGAAAUCAAGGAGGUGGAAGAGCAAACGAGAGGGGACAGAUGCCAACAACCGACCCAUCAAAGCUGCUGGGAAAGUUAUUAUCCAAGAUAUUUCCUGUUUGCUGCCUGUCCACAAGCUGCUGGGGGAGCUCUACAUCCUGAACGUGAAUAACAUCCAGGAGACUUGCCAGAAGAAUGCUGCCUCAGCCUUGGCUGUGGGGCGGAGGGAUCUCGUACAGGUUUGGUCACUGGCCAUGGUAGCCACUGAUCUCUGUCUUGGACCGAAGUCUGACCCAGAUUUAGAGAUACCUUGGGCACAACAUCCAUUUGGACGUCAAUUACUGGAGUCCUUGCUGGCUCAUUACUCACAGCUCCAUGAUGUACAGACCCUGGCCAUGCUCUGCAGUGUGUUUGAAGCCCAGUCCAGGCUCCAGGGGUGCCCCAACUCUUGUGUCCCCUUUCCUCAGCGUGCCUCCAACCUGGCCUCCCACAGCCGAUACCCCAGCUUUACUUCCUCUGGCUCCUGUUCCAGCAUGUCAGAUCCUGGGAUUGGCACCGGAGGCUGGAACAUAGCAAACAAAGACACAGAGCAGACCUCCACUCCCUGGUGCGAGUCUUCUCCAGAUGACUUCCGCUACGGAAACCUAACGUAUCCUGAUCCCCGGGAGAGGGAGAAGGACCAGCAUGAGAAAAACAAAAGGCUGCUGGAUCCUGCUAACACUCAGCAAUUUGAUGAUUUUAAGAAGUGCUAUGGAGAAAUCCUUUAUCGCUGGGGCCUGCGAGAGAAGCGGGCUGAGGUGCUGAAGUUUGUCUCGUGUCCUCCUGAUCCCCACAAGGGAAUUGAGUUCGGCGUGUACUGCAGCCACUGCCGCAGCGAGGUGCGCGGCACCCAGUGCGCCAUCUGCAAGGGCUUCACCUUCCAGUGCGCCAUCUGCCACGUGGCCGUGCGCGGCUCCUCCAACUUCUGCCUCACCUGCGGACACGGCGGCCACACCAGCCACAUGAUGGAGUGGUUUCGCACCCAGGAGGUCUGUCCCACGGGCUGCGGGUGCCACUGCCUGCUGGAGAGCACCUUCUGAGCACAGCGAGCCACACGGGAACUGGUUGAAUGUUUCAUUCCCAAGCCAUGUUGAGUCAGCUCUGCUCCGCUCUCUCUGGAGGUGAUCGCCGCAAGGAGCUGAAGCGGGACGUCCUGGUAAUGUGCUGUGGUGAUGUUUACAAGUGCUUCCAUUUCUCCUAUGCUUCCCAGGUUGCUUUCAGACCAAUUUGACGAAAUUCCCUGCGUCCGUUGCUGGCAAUGGAUGCCAGACCAGAAAAAUUGCUCUCUCCUGCAGAAGGGUGUGUGAAUAUUGGUUAGUUUGGGAUGAAGAGGUUUUUGAAAGCUCCCCUGGAAGGGGCCCACCUGGCAGAGCCAAACUCGCUUCAGCAAUGUAGAGUCUUUUCCAGGUGCCUCCUUACAUGGGCUCAAACUGAGCAAAACAGUCGUUUUACACAAUUAAAGCAGAAAUAAUUCUCAAGCAACAGUAAGCUCUGAAGGUGAGUUGUAAGUGGCGCUUGAAGAGGAAAUAGUUCAUGGAACUGUGCUCAGUUUCCCUGGAAGCAGCAGGGUCCUUAUUUUGAAUGGCUGUUUACAUCACUUAGAUUUCCCCACAAAGCAAGAAAAGGAAAUUACAUUUUUCAGGAUUACAUUUUAAAUAAUUUCUACUCUAGUCAGUACCUGUGAAAAGGCCAGACAUGCACCCAAGGUCCCUGGGAUUAGUGACUUCCAGCAUUUUUAGUACUGUUAGGCUUUAAGUUGUCUCCAUCUCCUGCUCUGACCAGGUGAUAAAAUGCACUUUAACUUGUCCCUGUCUUGGUAGUGACACUUCCUAGUCACUGGGAAAGGCAUCUGCCUUUUGAGUUUGGGAUCCACACUGUCUUUUAGAUGUGGUGUUUUGGAAAGCCUUUGCUCCCUCACUGAGAACACACACAGAGGACACAUACUCAAUAUAUCUCCUUUUGGCUAUUGUUUCCAAGCACUAUGGGGAAAAUUAGGGUUAAUGUGAGAUUUGCUGCUGCUGGAGUGAUGAGGCUCUUGAGCAGGGAACCAGCAGUUUGGUGGAAUCCAUGGAGGCAAAAGGUUUAUGACUUUUCUUACUGUGGAGCCUCAAGUGGAGAACGUACUGAUAGCUCUGUCUGUUUGGGGCUGUGCCUGCAGGGCACUCCCAGCGCAGGGAUGCUGCUGUGCAGUGUGUGCACACCUGAAAUGUGCAGCCUGUACCUCUCCAGGGCUGGCUUCAGCCUGAGCUUUGGAUUUAGGCGAAUGUGUGGUCAGGGAUGAGCCAGCUGGAGCUACCCCCGCCUGUACCGGCACUGAUCCCUUCUCCCACGCUUGCCUGCGGAGUGGGGCCAUGGGCCAUGCCCUUUCCCAACCCCUGUGCUAGCUCAGGCAGUGGGAUCCUCUUGUGGAAUAAACAGAUGAUGUAUCUUAAACAAUUAAAACAUUAAAAUUAUUUUUUUAAGUGCU